AUGCUCGCAUGCGACGUGGUCGUAUCUUGCAACGGAGAAGCCACUAUCGUGUCCACUGGACUAAUCCGUCCCUUCGCGUCGCACAUCAAGGCCGUGGACGACCAAUUCAAGAGCGGCGCGCACCUGAUUAAGCUCGACCCGCGCGAAUGCCGCGAGUUUCUAGAUCGGCAGCGGCUAAAACAUCCGCUAGCAGCAGCAGCAGCGGAGGAGGACCAAGCAGAGGAGGACACGCUUCUCGGCUGGUUCAACCUGAAAACCGUUGAGAGGAUAAUAACAUUCGUGAAGUCACCCGGGCUGCUGGAGCACGCGGUGACGAUCGAGGCGGAGUUGCAGAGCCUAGACGACACCAUCCAUACCCCCGCCGCUGCCUCUGAGCCGUUUCAGGCGGAGCCGCUACUGGACGGCAGCGACGGCAGAGUGGAGGAGGCCCUGAGAGGGGCGACGCCGCUGAGAGACCGCCUCUCUGGCCGACGAGCGUCGUCUCGCUCGCCGUCUCCCGCCCGAAGCCUUAGCGGAUUCAAGACGGAUGCGUCCAGCGAUAGCGGCGAGCGCGAGAGUCACCUGCGCCGCGCCAAGGACGUGCGCACGGCCAUGCUCAAGCGCGAGCAAGGAGUGGCAAUCGCGCGCGCAGCGGCGGCGGGAUUCUCCCCCGACGUGGUGCCGCUGCUGCUCUGUUUCGCGGAUUGCUUCGGAGCCGUCCGAUUGAAGCACGCGUGCGUGAAGUUCUCCUCCCUCGUCCGCCGCCAAGACUCUGCCUACGCGGAAAGCCUCACGCGCGCGCAACUCGCGCAGGCCGCCGCGCAGCCCGGCGGCGGCGCAAGCGCAGGCGCGGGCAGGGGCGCGGGCGCUGCACCGCCGGUGCAGCCACUGCCGCCGCAGCAGCAGGCGUUUGGACUGGCGGGGGGACGGGGCGGCGGAAUCUGGUUACCCGACGGCCACGUCACCGGUAACACGGUUACAGGGACUCCCGGGGGCUAUUACCCCUUAGUUCCGCUGUUUAACGGGGCUAUGCCCAGCGGUAUCCCCGGCGCUAUGGGCCCAGGGAUAUCUCCCUCUACCGGGACCCCUGUAACUUACGGCCUCGUCGGUCCCAAUGGGGAGAUUUACGCUGUUGCCGGGGGCAGCGGCGGCAUGGCCGGAAUGGGUGGCGGUAUAGGCGGCACAAUGGGUGGCGCAACUCUCGGCGGGACGGGGGCGGGUGGUUGGGGAAGUGCCCCUGGUUUUGCAGGGUAUAAUAGCCCGUUUUCCACGCCCGGGGGUUGGUCUGGGGAGGACCAAUCAGAAUGGAGCACGGACGAUACUAACGGAAGGGGCGGGUACGGAACUGGGCCGGCCGCGUAUCGCGGCGACUCGCCCGCGGCCGCUAGACGGCGCCGGCCGUUCAAGUCCAAGUCGGCUAGCCGGUUAAUGCCGUGGCAGCAGCGGCCGUGGAGCGCGGCGGGGUUCGCGGCGAGUAAUGCGGGGGCGUGGACAGAUUUGUCGGAUACGAGCAGUGCGGUGUUUGGUAGGGACGAUGUGACUGAACCGAGUGUGCUUUUUCCGGGGAGGAAUUUGGUAGAGGACAGCAGCGUCGCGAGCUCUGUCGCAGAGAACCAGCUCAGCUGCUCGGCGAGCCCGCUGCGACCAGCGAACAGCCGCGCGACGUCGCCCAGGUCGCGCGCGUCGUCGCCUAUGUCGCGCGCAACGUCGCAGGAUCUGAGGGAUUUUGUCCAAGGGCUGCAGAGGAGAGGCGCGAAGGGGGAACCGGGGGUCGGCGGAACCGGCGCGGGGAGGGAGGCGGCAAGCGGGUUGGACUUAGCCGCCGCUGCGAUGGGGAUGAAAUCGGACGGCGGAGCGUUGAUCAGGAGCGGGAGUGGCCACGGGAGGGCGUCGCAUAUCUCGCCUAUCAUCCGCUCUCAGUCCGCGUAUCAUGUGAGGGCGGGGAGCGGGGGAAGGGGCGCGGCGGCAGGCGGAGGCACAGGGGGAGAAGCAGGGGGAUUUCCGGUGGGAGGGGCGGAGGGAGGAGCAUGCGGAGCAGGCGGAGCAGGCGGAGCAGGCGGAGCAGGGGAAGCAGGAGGGGCAGUGGGGGCAGGCUGCACAGGCAGCAUAGGGGGACCAGUUGAUAUCUUGAUGGUAACCUCCUCAACUCCCAAAAAGGGCUCCUCGUGGGCGAAUGCGGAUGAGGGGAGGGAUUAUCUGGGGGAGGUGGAGCUCAGGGGAGGUACGACCGCCCUGAACGACCGUAGACUGGUGCCUGGGGAGCUCGAAAUGGAGAUUAUGGCCGGGUGGGGAGAGGCGGAAGACGAGGGGGAGGAAGACGUCAUGAAGGGGGAGGCGCUCCGCAACUCCCUGGAGGCUGGCGCGGGGACGGGCGGAAGGGGAGGUGGGGGGGCAGCUGCGGGGAGAGGUGCGGGGAGAGGAGGUGGGGGAGUGACGGAAGCGAGGAGGGCAGUGGGGGGGAGAGGUAACGGGGGUGUGGCGCCUGGGAACCGUGCUGAGGGGAUGGGGUUUGGCGGAAUGGGCGCUUUGGCGCGGAGCAGGAGCAUUGGGAGCGCGGGGAGAGGGGGAGGAGCCGGCAGGGGGCGUGGCGGUGGGGGAGUGGGAGGCGGAGGGGGAACGGGGGCGAUGAGUGUGCAGGAGAGGGCGAUGAUGGUGAUGGAGAGGAAGCAACAGGAGGCUGCCAAACGCAGGGAGGAGGAGAAGCGUCGGCAGGAGGAAGCAAGGCAGCAGCGGCUCCACCGCAGCUCCUCCCUCGUGCGCUCCUCCUCCUCCUCUGCCUCGCUCUCCGAGCGUCGCCGGUCCCUCUCCUCCGCCUCCCACCCAGCCAGUGCUUCCGCUUCUGGUGCUGAGGUUGCAACUUCAGCCAGGGCUGCACGUGCGGCUGCUGCUCCAACCAGCACUUUCGCCACCCAAAAGAAGCAGCAGCUACCCUCCCCACGCUCCACUGCCUAUCGUCGCCCCCUCUCUGCUCCUCGCACCUCCAGGCCUAGUUCUGCUGGUGGUGGUGCUGCUUCUCGCACGCUCUCCUCUUCCUCCUCUCUCACGGCUCCUACUGCUGCUUCUGCAGCCAAAGCAGCAGCUGCGAGUGCAGGUUCCCCUGCUACCACCUCUGCUGCAGCCGCCUCUGCUGCAAUUGUGUCUCGUGCCCGUGCCCGCGCUCCGAGCCCCGAUCUCUACCGCACAGGCAAGCUCGGGCAGCAAAACGGGCAGCAGCGAAUCUCUCAGAACGUCCCAGGAAGCCGCUUGCAAGGCGCAGCUGCUGCGGGCAUAAGGGGCGGGUUGGCUAUGAGGAGGACAGGCAGCGGGGGAGGUGGUUCUGUGGGAGGUGGAUUUGGGGAAGGUGGAAGUGGGGGGGACGUUGAAGGGCUGGUGAGAGGAGGGCGGGUGGUUCGGUCCCAGAGCGCCCAUGUUGUUGUGAGGGAGGGUGCAGAGGAGAAGGAGAAGGAGAAGGAGAAGGAGCAAGGGCAGCUGUUCAACAAUGGGCGAGGAGUGUCUGCUGCUCGGGGUCGCAUUGCUGCUGAGUGUGGAGGAGGAAAGGAACCAACAGGAGCAGCAGCAGGGAAAGCAGCAGGGAAAGCAGCCGGAGCAGCAGGGGCAGCAGGAGGAGCAAUGGAGAAAACAGCAGGAGCAUCAAGGGAAAGGGCAGGGAAGAUUGUGGAGAAUGACUAUCCGGUUCUGAUGAGGAACAAGUCUCCUGCUCGAGCUAAUGCCCCUAAACUGUCUAUGAAGGCUGGAGCAGAGGAGCUUGUUCUUCUGCCUGCUGGGAACGCCCUUGGGCCUGUGGUGCAGUAUGGAGGCAAGGGUGGGUGGAAAGGAGCUGAGAAGGCAGGGGCAGGAGGGGAGCAGAACCAGGAGGAGUAUUGGAAGGGGGAGAGGAGCCGAGUUGGGAAGGAGAAUAAGUUGAUUCAGCAUUCUCCAUUGACUCAUUCGAGUUCGGCGUCAGGAGUUCCUAACUAUGCGCCAGGAGGAGAUUCGCAGCUGGAGCUGGAUUUCAGGUCCGGUUCGUUUGGAGACAAUGACCUUGGAGGAUGGGGGAUGAAGUUUGCCCAAUCCGCUUCGAUCAAAGCAGCUCCCGGGGGUAGUAGCCCGGGCGGUGUUUGGAAUAAGAGUGUAUUGGGUGAGAAUAACGCGUACUCGGAGUUGGGAUUGGAAGGGCCGUUUGGAGUUUUGGAGGAGGUGCCUGUGGAGACGAGGAGGGAGGCUACUGACGAGCAGGUGAAAUUAAAGGAUACAAGGAAGAAGCAGGAGAAGGAGUAUAUUGAAAUGCUGAGGGCCCGAGACACAGCACGAAAGGCCGCAGCUGUGGAGGAUUCGCUUGUUGAAAAGAAGAGAGGGUCUAGCCUGAUGAAGAUGUUUGGAUUCGGUUUUUGA